AUGAAGCUCAACACAGUUAGGUGUUUAAUAGCCUUAGCUGCUCACAGGGAUUGGAAAUUAUAUCAAUUAGAUGUUAAUAAUGCUUUCCUCCGUGAUACUUUAAAAGAUGAGGUUUAUAUGAAGGUUCCAGAAGGUAAAUCUCACCUUCCAAGCCAGGUUUGCAAGCGCAAUAUGACAUUGUAUGGUCUUAAAAAGGCUUCAAGAGAAUGGAAUGAUAAAUUGGUUGCAGAAUUGCUACAACAAGGAUUUACUCAAUCCAAGUUGGACUACAGUUUGUUUAUUCACAAGCAAUGUUCAAAUAUUACUAUUGUAGAUGUCUAUGUGGAUGAUAUACUUCUUACUAGCAAUAAUCUCUCUACAAUUGAAACUCUCAAACAACAUCUUCAUUCAACAUUUGAAAAUUCUCUCAUUAUAUGGAAAUCUAAAAAGAAGAGUACCGUAUCCCAGUCGUACUCCAAAGCUGAAUAUAGGGCAAUGGCCUUUGUACCGUCUGAGCUUGAAGCUCGGAGCUUGGAGCUUUAUUGGAAUUCUUUAUUAAGGUUAGAUUUCUAUCAAUCUCAUGGCAUCAUAUUUUCAAAAUUAACAUCCCCUAGUAAGUCCAUUACACCUAAUAAACCUAGAAUUGAGAUUGAAGAAGAAAAUGUUAGUAAAAAGACCCCAAUAGUGAAUGUUGAUGAUGGUGAUGAUGAUGUGGAGGAGGUUGGUGAUGAUGAUGUUGAGGAGGUUGGUGAUGAUGAUGUUGAGGAGGUUCGUGAUGAAUGUUUUGAUGAUUUUUGUGACAAACAAAAUUCAAAAGAUGAUGAUUUGAAUGAAAGUUGUCCUUGUGUUGGUCAAUUGUUUGAUAGCUUAGAUGAAGCGGAGAUGUUUUAUAGAGAUUAUGGUAGACGUGUUGGUUUUGAGGUGAUAAUUAGAACCACACAUAGGCGUGUGAAAAGUAGGAGAAUUUGUUCGCGCUUAUAUAUAUGUCGAAAGGGUGGUCGAAUAGUACCCAAGUCGUUGGAUGAAGAUACGGAUGUUCAAAAAAGAAGGAGAAAUAGGGAUUCAAUUGGUAGAACGCAUUGCUUGGCGCGGAUGUACGUUGUUCAUAGGCAAAAAUUGAAGAAAUGGGAAGUGACAUCGGUUUAUUUAAAACACAAUCACACGAUGAUUUCAAAGGAUGAAGUGCUUUUCAUGCACAGGCCAAGGAAUAUAACUCUCGUUAUUCGGCAAUUAAUGAUAACAUUGAAUAAAUCGGGUAUUGGGCCUUCAAAAACUUUAAAUGUGUUAGGGGAGUUAACGGGUGGCUUAGAGAAUAUUGGAUUUGGUAAUCAAGAUGUUCGGAAUGUAUUGCGUGAUAUUCAACAUUAUGUGUUUCAUUCGAGUGAUGCUUUAGAGGUUUUGGCAUUACUUCGAGAAUUGAAACGUAAUAGUCAAGGUGAAUUUUUCUAUAAAGUUGACGUGGACGAGGAAAAUCAUGUGCGGGCCAUGCUGUGGGUUGACCUGAGAUCAGUCAAUGCCUACAAAAAUUUUGGAGAUGUUGUGUUUUACUCCACGUAUCGUACUAAUAGGUAUUGCAUGCCGUUCGUGCCAUUUACGGGGGUAAAUCAUCAUUAUCAGUCGAUUUUGUUCGGAAUGUCCCUGAUAAGGGAUGAGACUGAAGAAUCUUACUUAUGGGUGUUUAAGAGUUGGUUGGAAGCUAUGGGGAACGUGGCUCCACAAACGAUCAUCACCGAUCAAGACAUUGCUAUUGGAAACGCAAUUGCCGAAGUUUUGCCUAACACAAUUCAUUUAUUUUGUACGUGGCAUAUAAGUACAAAAUUUGGUGAAAAAUUGUCGCAUAUAUAUGCAAAUCAUGAUCACUUCAAAGAAGAUUUCAACUCUCGCAUCUACAAGUCACUAACGGUUGCACAAUUCGAAGAUAGGUGGGAGGAAUUAGUUGAAAAAUACGAUUUGAUGAACCAUUCUUGGUUACAAGAUAUGUACUCCGUUCGACACAAGUGGGUCCAUGUUUACACUAAACUUCACUUCACAACCAGGAUGACCACUACCUCCAGAAGUGAGUCAAUGAAUUCUUUCUUCGAUGAAUUUAUCAAUGCUAGUACCGGUUUGAAAGAGUUGUAUAGAGAGAAACAAUAUUUACGUGAAAGAGAGGCUGAUUAUGCAACAAAGAACAAGGAAAGGUCCAAAAUAACAUCAUCAUCAUUGGAGAGUCAUGCAGCAUCUACUUGCACGAAAAAAAUGUUUAGACGUUUUCAACACGAACUCAAAGAAAGUGGAGCUUAUGUCGUGGUUGAGAAAGAGAGCAAUGCAAUUUACAAGCAUUACGAGGCAUACAAAACAACGGUCCAAGAGGAGUAUAGAAAAUACUAUGUUUUGAUCGUCACCGAGAAUGGCACCAUAACUUGUGUUUGUCAAAAAUUUGAAAGUUCAGGAAUACUUUACCGUCAUAUUAUUCGAUACUUUUAUAAGAUGCAAUGGUCAGAGAUUCCUAAGAAGUGCAUCAAUUUGAGAUGGUCAGUUGAAGGCAAUGAAAGAGUGGGAACCUUACAACACAAGCGUCCUAAAAUUGAAUCGAAUUUUAUUGAAAAUUUCUCGAAUGAGAGUGGGAAAAAACGUGCGCGUGAGGAAGAAGAUGAUGCGCAUGAGGUCGGGGAUGACGAUGAUGACGAAAAUUUCAAUGAUUUGAGAAAUCCUAUAUUAUCUCAAACCAAAGAUCGUAAAAAAGAAAGGGUGAAAAGUGGCAUAGAGCGCGGCAAAGCGAAAAAAGGUAGAAAAUGUAAUUUUUGUGGUGCAAUUGAUGCCCAACAUGAUUCAAGAAAUUGUCCCACAAAAUUAGCGACAAAUUGCUAA